GUGGCGGACAUUGGCAACAUGCAUUUCCGCCUUAUUCGGUAGCUGAUAAACUAUGAUACUAUUGGUUAAUUUGUUGUGAGAGAAAAACACUACUGAAACGGUUUCGAACGAGACAUUGUCUUUAACUUCAUAGGUACGCCACAACUUUAACCCAAUUGUUCAUCCAUCGAUCAAUUUAGCUAGAUAGAAUUAGGAGCUAGCGGUAAGAGAAAAUAGCCUUUGAGGUAAAAUAAACAGUAUUAUUGAAAAUUGAGGGGUUUAUAUUCAGUUUUAUGGUUAAGGGAGGAAAAUUAGACUAUGCGAGAGAAGAAAAUAGCCUUCUUCCUCUUCGAUUCGAUUCGGAACCGCAAUCCCUGUUGCUGUUGGAGACGAGUUCCAGCCACGGCUUCUCUAUAUGCUGAGGGACUGCGCCUCCUGUCGCUUAUCCCUCCCGUCCGACGCUGGCAAUUCGACGUUUUGCGAUCCUCUGUCGGAUAAUCAGUCUCCUUCCAUCCGGAAGCGCAAGCUCCGCUGGAUUUUGUCUGCUUUUAAUGAGGUAACUAGACUGGGGAUCGCCGGAGGACGGCUUCGCCGACGCCGUGUAAAGGCGCCUCUUUUAUAUGGGGGACUGGGGGUUUCUGGAACGAAGCGCAAAGAAGCCCCCAUUGCUUCGCUCGCCGCCUGCGCUGCCCGUCCUUUCAAGUGCUCAUCUGGGGCAGCGGCGGCGGCGGCGGCGAUGGAGGUGCGGAGUGACUGGGCAUCACUCCCCCCGGAACUGACGGAACUCAUCGCGGCCCGCGUACUGGCGGCGAACAUGGUGGAUUACAUGUCCAUGCGCGCCGUGUGCGCGUGCUGGCGUGCUUCCACGGCCAGUCCGCGUGACCCUAGCCUCCGUGACGCGCGUCUUCGACCGCGCGGCUGGGUCGCGCUAUGCGACGGCGACGGCGUGCGCCCGCGGCCGACGCAUGCGAGGUCGGUCGCCUUCCUCUGCACCGCCACCGGCAGGUGCGUCCGCGUCCGCCUGCCGGAGCUCCGCGGCCACCGCAUCGUCGGCUUCACCGACGGCCUCCUCAUCCUGCUCAACAAGGGAACCACCGCCGUCCGCGUCCUGCAUCCCUUCACCCGCGUCGCCGUCGACCUCCCGCCCAUCGGCCCCAUCAUCAUGACCAUGGUCAAGGACCAGCUGUCCCGCGCCUGGGUGAGAGCCGCCGUGUGCAUGUCCCAGAACUCCAUCGCCGUCGUCGUCUGGUUCCUCAACGCAGCGGGUGUGGUCGUCGCCGAGCCUGGCUCCCCGUGCUGGUCCGUCGUGCACCACAGCCUCCAGCUUGCCUCAGCCGUCCCCUUCCAAGGCCGGCUCUAUGGCGUCAUCAGAAGCAAGAUGGUGGUUCUGCAGAUCUAUCCUCAAUCCCUGGACCCUUACAGUUACAUUGCUCCUAUCCCAAGAUUCGACCUUCCUCAAAACUAUUCCUUGUUCCUCGUGGAGUCUGCUGCGCGCCUGCUACUUGUUCUCCGCCACUUUUCCCAUGACAAUCCCAUCCAGCCAGGGAUAUGGACCUCGCCGGUUUGCCUUGUUUGAGGUUGGCACGGCUGAGCAGAUGAGGGGGAUUGCUCCGUUGAGCAGCCUUGGUGAUCGAGCUCUGUUCCUCGGCCUUGACCGCUGCCUCUCUGUGUCUGCAAACAACCUGCCUUCCAUCAGCAGUGAUGCCAUUUAUUUAUGCUCUGAUGGUCUCUAUCCUCUUCUUAUGUACUCUGUCAGCAGCAGCACCUGCGAGAAAUUGUCAACGCUAUCCAUCAUCCAUGACGGCCCUCUGUGCGGCCCUUCACACUAGCAGAUCAACUGUUCACCUUUUGCAGCCAUCGUUGCUGGUCAAGGGGGCUCAUGUUUCAUGAAUACCACUACAUACCUACAUCUUGGACGUAUUUGUCCGAGAAAUACAAAGCCCAAGACUGCGAAGUUCAGUUUCCAAGCUCAAGAGGUUUGAGCUGUAAGAAAUAAGGGCUCCUUUCACCGAGAAUGACUGCCCUGCCCUUCUGCAGUUGGCACACGCACAACUCGGUCAUGAUCAAAAUCCACACUGGAAUUGUGGCCCUCAGUCCAACCUCUCCCAUUUGUUAGUUCCUUUUCAUGUUUAUUACUACAAUUUAUAUAAACAUUGAAUAUAAACAAUGAUGCACUGAUUUCCUCCUGAA